AUGAAGGGCCUAACAUCUAGAGCUAGGAAGAGGUUGUUGGACUAUUUUGAAGAAGGUGUGUAUGUAUCACAAAUUCACGGUUGCUUUUCUGCUGAACUAGAUGGGUUUGACAACCUCCGCUUCACUAUGAAAGACUUGGCUCAUGAGGUCUACAAGACCAGGAGGUUAAAAAUGCUAGGGGGUGAUGCAAGAACACUGAUGACUUAUUUUAAGAAAAUGCAAGAAGGCAACAUGAAUUUUUUUCAUUAUGUACGCUUAGACCCAAAGGGUAGGUUGAAAGAUGUAAUUUGUGUUGAUGGGCGUAGUCGGGCUGCAUAUGAAGAAUUUGGGGAUGUUGUAUGUUUUGACGCUACCUAUCUAACAAAUGCGUAUGCAUUACCAUUUGUUAAAUUCGUGGGUGUUAACCAUCAUGGACAAACCAUACUGUUGGGUGUGCAUUGGUACAUAGAAUUCAAACCUAUGCUCAAAUCGAUUGUUUAUGAAAGUUUGAUUGUUGAAGAGUUUGAGAAUCAUUGGACAGAGUUUAUAAAUGACUACAGCUUAAAAAACAAUGAUUGGUUGUCAAACCUUUAUACCGAAAGGCAUAUGUGGUUUCCCGCAUUCUUAAGAGACUACUUCUGGGCGGGUAUGAAGACAACUCAACGGGUUGAAAGUAUAAAUAGUUUUUUUGAUGGAUUUUUCAAUCGUACCACUAAGCUUUUUAAAUUUCCAAUUAAUUUUGCAAAGGCGAUGAAGAAGCGGGUACGAGACGAGACAGCUGCUGAUGCGAAUUGUGCUAAGUAUGUAUGGAGGCUAGUGACUGGUUUUAAGGUUGAGAAGUAUUUUCAACGGGUGUACACAGACACUAAUUUCAAGAGGUGCAGAAUGAAUGUACUCGAAUGA